UUAAGUUGCCACAAAAGCCAUUCAGUCUCUCGUUAUUCCAGCGCCCUAAACAGUCUGUCUUCCUCAAAUUGCAAACCGUCCGUCUUCUUCAGACUGCAACUCGUCCGUCUUCCAACCAGUGGUAUUUUGCAGCGCAUCACCUAAGGUUUUCUCAAGAAACAAAUGUAAUUGCUCUCUCUAACAAUGGCUGCACUUCUCCCCUCCUCCUCCUGCACUUCGCAACUUUACAUAAACCCUCAGAAUCAGAUGCGGCAGGAAGAAGAGGCAAAAGCAUUUCAUGGAAGAGCAUCAGAAGCGGAAGAAGCUGUGAUAACCCUUUUGAUUCGGCACCUUCCCGAAGCCAUUCCUCUUGACACCCUCUUCAGACUCUUCUCCCACUACGGUGCUUCCUCUGUCCGUCCUUGCUUCGUUCCUAAAUUGAGAAACUGUGUAUUUUUGGAUUUCAAGAAUGAAGCUUUGGCUUACCAGGCGCAUCGUCAGUUAAAUGGGCUGAGGUUUCUUGGUAAAGUCUUAUCAGUGGAGAGAGCUAGUAAUAAGCCAACCCUAGAUUCCAAACAUAAAGCAAGUCAAGCUCAUUCCGGGGAGGACGCUAUUCCACCCACUUCUUUGGCCAAUGAUGCUACUCAACGUUUCAUUUCUGGGUCUAUGCCUGCUAGUGAACCCAUUGCCCCAAGGCUUGGUGUCGACUAUCCAUUUCCUCCUCACCUUGAGUAUGCUUACCCUCCACCAGAUGGAAAUAUACUGACCAACAUUGUAAAUGCUCUUAUUGCUGUUCCUCGCUUUUAUACACAGGUGUUGCACUUGAUGAACAAAAUGAAUAUUCCAGCUCCAUUUCGUAUGGCUCUACCAAUUCCACCCCUACCACCUUCACUACCUGCACCACCACCACCUCCCCCACCUGUACCUGCAAAACUUCAUUUGGCAGAUCUGUCCAGUGAUGAGUCGGAAAUGGAAUCUUCAGAUGAGGAGAUUAAUGGAAAAGCCUAUUCUGUUGGAGCUUCAGCACUUAAAAAAUAUGGUCAAAAGCGUCUCAAGCAAGAAGUGAUUGUGGGCCCUGCAGCUGAUAAAGAUGUCGUUCAUGAAGCUGUUGGAGUGAAACCUGCCACGUUGGUCCCGAAAGAGAUUCCGUUGAUUAAAAAAAAGAACUAUGUAUUACAGAUCAAAAUUGCCCCAAAAGUGAUUCAGAAUGAACAGAAAGAUGAUAGCACAGAAAAAGAAUUAGAAGACCCAGACAAAGAGGGUUCAGAUAUUAAAGCUUAUGCAACCCCAGAAGAAUUAGAGAGCAGAAAGUUGCCCCCAGAGGAAAUUUUAUCACUACCAAUGUUUAAGAACUAUGCAGCUGGAUGUCCUGCUUCUGUGUUGUAUGUGAAGAACUUGGCAAAGGACGUGAUAGCUGAUGACUUCUACUUCAUUUUUGGGUCAGUAUUUGGAAGCAUUGAUGCGGCUAAAUCUGGUCUUCGCGUGAAGCUUAUGCAGGAGGGAAGAAUGAGAGGUCAAGCUUUUGUGACAUUUCCAUCAGUUGAACUUGCCCAUCGUGCAUUGAAUCUAGGAAAUGGAUAUGUGUUCAAAGGCAAGCCAAUGAUAAUCCAGUUUGGUCGGAAUCCUGUAGCUGGCAAAGCAAAUUAAAUAGAUCUACUACAACUAAAGGAAGCUCCAUAUACUACUGCUUCAUGGUUUGUGCUGCCUUGAUUAUGAAGCUAGCUGGAAGAUAUCCACUCGGUAUUAAUGAUGCGGUGUAGGCUUCAAGUGUUUACAAUGAUCAAUUGCUCAUCAGCUGGCCAUACUACAUGAAAAAAAAAAUGGUAGGUGGUUUUAAGUCAUGGAGCAUUUCUUGACUAAUGGCUGGGAAAAGGUCUGCCGAAGCUCUAGACCACUACUUCAGGAAAACGAAUUCCACUGUCAAACUUGUUUGGUGUAGAUGGUUGUGGCUUGUGGCUGUAGAAGAGAAAAUUGUCAAAACAAUUCAAGGACUGAAGCCUGCUGCUAAGGACGUUGAAGAAGAUGCAUAUCUGGUUGGUUUUAGGAGGCAUUCCUUUAUCAGCAAUAAGUGUUACAUUUACUGUUGUCAACUCUAAGCUUUCUUCUCAUGUGUGCAUGCUCCAGAAUUAGUGUAGGUACAUACAUACAAGAGAUGGAAUACUACAAGGUGCAAAGAAGUAUUUCAGUUUUAUGACAAAUUUAUUGCGUUCUCUUGUUA